AUGACGGUUUCGACUGAGAACCCCCUGGUGAACGCGGUUGGAGGAACAAAAUUGAACGCCCAAGCCGCUGAGUUCGUCCCUGGGUCGAGCAGAGCAGCGCCUAAGGGGGUUACCGACAGUGAGAAUCUCAAAUCUGAGAUACUUAACGUUAUACGAGCUACCGGUAUGACCGGUAUUAGAGUCACGCAGAUCCCCCAUCAGUUCCGUCGUCGUACAGGGAGGUGGCUCGUCAUACAGGGCACACAGUUCACAUCGCUAUCGUCUAUCAUUGAUGCUAUCAUGCCAUCGAUUGAGUUUUAUGAUUCCCCCAAGGCCCCUACUCCUGGUAUGGAAAAGGUUACUACUUACGACCCCGAUAAUGGUGUGGUCGUUAUGGAGCCGACACCAGGCAUUGAAGGUGCUGAUACGUGCCCACCCCUGGUCGUUGGCGACUAUGCUAAUAAGGUGGUCCGAGACAAGUCCUUCACGAUCAAUACUGAAGACCUCUCUUUCUUCAAGGAGUUGGUCGUAGCUGUGGUCAGUCACCGUACGCCUUCGGGGUUGCUCACUCCGUCCCCGGGCUUGGCCCUCUCCUUGUUCUCGGCUGAAUGGGAGAGGUACUUCCGUGGGGCGUUAAGCCUGAAGGGCAUGCGUGCCAAAUUUGGAGUGAUGAAGCUUCUGCCGUUUAUUCUGUCCUGCAAGGAGCUCGAGAUGCUGGGCACACACCCUGAGGUACGUAUAAGGGUGAAGGCCGAGUACUCCAUACCAGCGCAGAUCGCUCAACAGGCCAGGAUAGAGGCGGCUCGGAUGGAGGCUACGGCGCCUCCGACAGGCCCCCCGGCUGAUAUCCUUAGCAACUAUCUGACAGCAGCAUCUUUGCUGAGCGAGUUGUCAUCAAUGUCUAAUGCUACUGCUCUGAGUCGCCCGUUGCCGGGAGCGGCUGGUGAUCCGAUAGAUGGUCUACUGCCGAUGUCUUCCCCUAGGGCUGUGCUAUCGAGAAAUACCGAGGUGCCGUCGGCUGUGGCGAGUUUCUCAGUAGCUCCAUUGGAAGGCAUGCCGGACUUCGAAGUGCCUCUUGAUGAUUCCUCGGAUGCCUCCGCGUCGAGCUGUGAUUCGCCUCCAGCCCCACAGGGUCAGAAAAUGCAGCCAUAUGGGCCCAUACUGGGGAGUGGCGAUGGUCUUAUGACGGGAGCGCCGAUACCGCUUUCAGGGGAGGACCUGAGGCAGUUGCUGUCCACUGCUAUCCGUGACUACUGCAAGAAACAGGCUGGUGAAUGGGAGAACCAUGCUGAUUAUGUGGCGGCAUUGGAGAAGAGUUGGGCGGGGAGUGGUAAUGGUGUCACGGAUGGUGACACUAGUACAAGUGAAGAUGAGGAUGAUGAUCUUGACAAUACCAGCUACCGUAAGGCGAGGGUUAGUGUCCUUAUGGCGGGCCUGGGCGGGUCGAAGAUCCCUGAGGCUUUGAUCACUCCACAGCUCAAGGCUAGGGUGCAUGCCAGGCGGACUAAGACUAUUGGGGUUCGAGUCUCGUCGGUGCGUAAGCUGUGGAAGAAAGCAUAUCCGGCGCUGGGGGCCUUGGACUACUAUCUGGACAUACUCCAAGUUAACAAGCUGAGGGUAUUCCUUGCUGAUGUGCCUGGCAUGACCCUGUUGGGUCGCGGCAGUCGCAUGAGGGUUACUGUGCCGGUAUAUGCCGCUCCUGAAGCGGCGUCGAGCACUGUCAAUGAGGGGGCUGCUGCUACGGCCGACGGAGAAGAAGAGAUAGAGAAGUUGAUCAAGGACUUGUUGCUCACGACUGAGGCUAUGACAAGUGCCGAACUAGAGAUGGAGAUGGCUCGAGCAUUCAACCGUGAACCAUCGGGCGGCGGUCAGGAGACUGACAAGGUUGAUAGCAGCAGUCGUGUUAGAGAAUAA